AUGGUCAGUGGUCUUUGUGUGUCACAUCGCAAAUUCCACGCACCACGCCACGGACACUUGGGCUUUCUCCCUCGCAAGCGUAGUAAGAAGCACAGGGGCAGAGUGCGCACGUGGCCUAAAGAUGACCCCAGCAAACCCGUGCACCUCACGGCCUUCCUGGGGUACAAGGCUGGCAUGACCCACACCCUCAGAGAGGUGCACCGCGUUGGUCUCAGUGCACUCAUUGGUCACGUGCUGAUAGGUGUGACAAGCCGCUGGCACACAAAGAAGCUCCCCAGGAAGACCCACAAGGGUCUGCGGAAGGUGGCGUGCAUCGGCGCGUGGCAUCCGGCUCAAGUGGGUUUCAGCGUCGCCCGGGCCGGACAGAAGGGUUUUCACCACCGGACCGAGAUCAACAAGAAGAUCUAUCGAAUCGGUCGGGGGCUUCACAUCCAGGAUGGAAAGGUCGUCCGGAAUAACGCCUCCACCGAUUAUGACAUCAGCCGGAAGACCAUCACACCCAUGGGAGGCUUCCCGCACUACGGCGACGUGAAGAAUGAUUUUGUCAUGGUGAAAGGUUGCGUCGUCGGCGCCAAAAAAACCCAUCUUCCCGCUUUCCGCAAGUCUUUGCUGGUGCACACGUCUCGCAAAUCGUUGGAAGCCAUCGAGCUCAAGAUCAUUGACACCACGUCCAAGUUUGGUCACGGUCGCUUCCAGACCGCGCAGGAGAAAAGAGCUUUUAUGGGCCCACGAAAGAUGGGUGCCUUCGAGACCGUGCCGGAGCCUCAACCAGAAGAGAUCUAA